CCCUGCCGAGUGUCCUGCAUUCCUCCGUGUGCAGCGACAGGUGUAUAUCUCGUUUGGCUUCCCAGAGGCAGCCACUCAUGAGCUAAAUUAGGUUACUUGGCACCCAUCCUCGCUUCGUCAGUUGGGGCGUGGGGACUCCUCAUUUGCUACCCUGCCAAGCCUUAUAAACCAGCGCGCAGAGAGAAAAUGAGCACAGAAGAAGGCGAGCAAGAGUUUGGGGAAGGGGAAAAGUUUGCAGAGGCUGAGCUGGGGGAAAAUUUUGCAGAGGCUCAGUUGGGAGAAAAUCUUGCAGAGGCUAAGCUGGGAGAAAAUUUUGCAGAGGCUGUUGGAGAGCCAGAAAUAGUUGCUAUGGGUGAAAACGGUGACGUGAGCAGUCCUGCACCGCAGGUUGGAGCUGCCUCGAGCGAACCAAGACUGCUGUGGUCUGCCUACAAGAGUUUCCAUUCCGUCAAAUGUGAGGAAUGUUGCAGAGACUGCUGUUACAGCACACCGUUCAUUACCCUGGGGACCGUCUGCUACAUUACCCUCAGCCUCCUAGGGUUCACCAUCUCAUCCAUCGUGGGCACUGUCCAGCUUAGCUCUGUCCCACACCUUGAGAAUGGUACUGCGCUUAUGGCUCCAGUGGUGGCGGGAGCAGUUGUGGGGACCAUUCUGCCCAUCCUGGCCGCCACCAUUCUGGCCUACUGCAUCACUGGCUACAUACGAGAUUCCCUCUUUGGAGGAACCGUCAAGAAGUGCAUUGGACCAUCGUGCAACAUACUGACGAUGGUGUUCACGUUCUUCUACUGUGUGGUGUGGAUGCUGAUAGUUGCCGGAUUCAGCGGCGUCCUCUUCUACCACAUCCAGGCCAAACUGGUCUGCAACGAGUUUGACGGGGAUUUACCCAUGGGCCUCGACGACCCUGGCAACUGCUUCCACUACGCUGACAAAGAUUUCAAGUACACAGCAAUAUGUGGAGGAGACGGACUGAAAGAACUGUGCAAUGAGGGUCUGAAAGUUGGUCUGUCGUAUGCAGUGGCUCUCAUAUUUUCAUUUCUCGUGGCAAUUGGAUUUGUGGUAUUGCUGGUGGUACAGACUGCCAACUUUGUGUCUGUUAAAGACAACCUCGAGUACCGCAGAGGAGCCAACUACAACCGCUCCACUUCGGACGACGGAAUAAACCUCAAGCAUCGCUGAACUAUCACCACCACAGAGGCCACCACUUUUGUUACCAUCACAUUAAUAGACAGCCAUACAUUUCAGAACCCAACGCACACAUCAUUGAUCAGAGGGCUUAUAUUUGCCAUUUUGCAUGAGUUUUAGAUAGGUUUUUUCUUCGUAGGCUGAAUCACAUGUAUACACACCACUGGCAGCAUAUUUGAGUUAUGUAAGCGGCUUUUGCUGACACGUUGUUUAUCUAGUGACACGACAUUGUGGACACAGUCCAUUGUUUAUAUACACAUACACACACCAGUGAGUGUCCUUUAUUGGUUUGUUAUGCGUUUUACUAUUGAGGCUGUCCCUUUAAUUGCUUAUGCUCACAGAGCUACAUCGGUCUCUUGCCUGUACUAACACUCGCUAAUGUGGGUCCAGUGGUAUUGGUAGGUGUGGUCUUGCUCUGAGUGGGUGUGGUCUUGUUCUGAGUGGGUGUGGCAGGGGGAGGAGUCUUGUAGAGUCUGAUGUGUAUGGCUGAGCUGGGCCUGGUCUGAGUCUUGAAAUCUGAUUCCUCAUCCAGAGGUUCGAGGUCAUCAACCAACUCCACUGUUGAGGUUGUGCAUGACACCUUUGAAUCAACCAGAGUGACAGAAAGAAAAUUUUCCCGAGUCUGACAUAAUUAUUGCUUUUGCAUGAUAAAACUGCACAUUUUUGUGCACACACUGAAAAAAUUGUAGAUACUAAGCUGGGUUCACAAUAAUUACAUCAGACUGCAUGAUACACUAUGAGAAUACAUAGCUAUCCAUGCGACAGUAACCUCUCUACGAAAAUUGCGCAAUCCCCAAGCAUAAGAUUAAGGCG